ACACACAUCUAUAUCCAGAGCUAUAUAGCUGCUGCCAUCAUCAUCAGUAGCACAAUGGAUUGUUGUGUGGCGGAUCGUGAGCACGCGGUGGAGGUGGUGGUGCAGGUGUACGAGCGCAUCAAGAUCCAGCAGCCCCUCCUCCUCGUCCACUGCUCCUCGCUGCCGCCGUCGGCCACCACCCAGCUGGCCCAGAGCCUCCUCAGCGAGGCGCUGCGAGCACUCAACGUCGCCCUCUCCGUCAUGAACCAGCAACCUUCUCCUGCUCCAGCGACACCAACAAGCGUCGUCGUCAAAGCCGAGCGUCAACUACUCUCAUCAUCAUCGCCCAGCCAUGGAGCAGCACCCGAUCCCGGCGAAGCAAUACCGAUCAUGGCCAGAAGAGGCAAGAGAAGAAGAACAACAGUGGAAGCAGGCGGGAAAACCUCAUCAUGGGCAGGCUUGACCACUGUGCCUUACGAGGACGGCUACGAGUGGAGAAAAUACGGCGAGAAGAAGAUCAACGGCACCAGCUUCACAAGGAGCUACUUCAGGUGCACCUACAAGGAUGACACUGGCUGCCUGGCCACAAAGCACGUCCAGCAGAAGGACAGCAGCGACCCUCCCGUGUUCCAGGUCACCUACAACAGCAAGCACACCUGCAACAAUAGCUGCACGGCCACGGCUGCCAACAGCAGCGAGAGAGUGAUCAGCAUCAAUCCUCUAAUAAUAAAUGGUCAUCAUCACGCUGCCGUGAAUAAUGUCAAGCAAGAAGAACCACCAGCAGUGCUGCCUCCUCUUGUCGAGGCUUCUUCCGCCCUUGCUUUCGAUCAAUCAUUUCCUAUCGGUAUGCAGCAGCAGCAGCAGCAGCAGCAGCAGCAGCAACCCUACGGUACCGCAAGAGACUAUCAUGGGCGACAUACGCCGUCGACCACAAGUUCAUGCAUCUCCGGCGACUCCUGCUGCGAUGGAUAUUAUUCUGCAGGAGGAGACAUCGCGCAGCAGAUGGCAGCAGAUCGAGGAAGCAUCAGCUGGAGAAGACUUUCUCCACGAUCUGGAGCUUUUCCUCCUGUGCGACAGCUUCAAGGACUAUUAAUAACUAGCUAAAAUCUUAGCUAGAAAAAAACGUAGUUUUUUUUUGAUGAAACCUAGUAUAUACCACCUUUUUAGUUUUUAGAUAAUAUGUGUGGUUGCGUAAAGGAAUUGCUGCUACAAAUUAAAGAAAAUUGAUGUGUGUGUAUCGCGUGCGGAA